AUGCUUGUGGCGAAGGGCUUCUGGGAAGUGGUGCUCAUGGCAACCAUUGUAAAUAUUAACGGCUCUCCUCUUGCUAGUUGCUGCUCUCCUUCAGCGGCAAAGCAGGUGAAAUGGCCAUCAAGUCUCGCGUGGAGGACAGAUAUUUAGAGCGGUUAACGUCCGUUCAUCAGACCAUCCAUCAACGAGAGAAAAAGAGGCUGCAGUUGGAAAAUAAAUUGUUUGGUCCCGCCAGACCUCAAAAACGAACGUGCUCUCAGAUAAAAGAUUCCAAACUGCACGGUUAUCUCAAGCAAAUCUGUGUCAGGGAGGCACAUGCGAAAGUGAGAAACCUUGAGCUUUUGAGAGAUGUGGAGCGCCUUCAAAUUAGCAUGCAACAAUACAAGCCUAACCUUUCCGCUUUGCAUCAACAAAAGGCUGAAUUUUCAGAUAAAAUUCACAGAUUGAUGGAACAAAUGAAGACAACUGGGAACUCAAAGCUGAAAUCUGUUCAAGGCGAUUGCAAGGACAGCUCCCUCUCUUGCAUCACAGAGGAUUUUACAAAUGCACCUGCGGUCAUGUCAAUUGGCCGCCAAGCCUCCAGAGGGGCCUACCGUGCAACCGGCAUCACAAGUGUACUCUCACACCAAGCAGUGGACUGUUCGCCCAAUCGAAGCAUGUGCCCCGGCAAACGACUACCAAGUGGCGCUUUGAAGGACUUUCCAGUUGUCAGAGAGGACACCGCCGCCAACCGUGCACAUUUAUCAGAUGACAUUUCAGCUCCAGACAAUUCUCCCGACGGCCGUAAUUUGGCUGACAAACACGGGAAAAGGGUGACUCAAAGUGCACCCGUGCCUUUUGCAAAUGAUGAUGAACAAGAACCUGAACCCCGGGUGACCUUGAAGAGUCCCAAGAGGAAUCCGUCUGCAGGCAGCAGCAAUAACCCAACAGAGCUGCCGAAUCCCCCUGCCGAAAACGCUAACUCCACCGCGAUUGCUCCUCAGACACCCUUAAUGGAAAAUCGAGGGGGAGGUUUUAGCCAUUUGAUGCCUGAAACAUCCUCUGCAAGAAAAUCUGAAGAUAUCUCAGGGAGAUCUGAAAGUUUCGACUCCAGCUCUGAUGUGCAGUUGUCGGAGAGCAGUGUGAGUGACCUCACCAUUUCUGUGUCCCAAUCUGAGUCGGAGGAUGAUGAGCCCGAAGGUGAAGCAACUGCAAGGAAAACUGGAUCUGGUGCAAAUCGGCACAGUCCCGACUCAGCCCUCAAGGACGCACCUCACUUACUCUCCCUUGAAGGACUCUUUAAACUUUUUGACUUCAUUGAGGGGCGACUCCAUGGUGAACAGACAAGAGUGUAUGGGACUUGUUCAAUUGAUGAAAAACAAUUCAUUCAAAUUAUCAGCCUUUGUGACAGUGAAGCGGACUUGAAUGACGAGGACCUUGAAGCAUGCGGCGCAGUGGUGCUUCAUGAGCUCCAGAGGUUGUCACUGAGUACAGAGAAGGGCUGCCUGCUAUCAGAGGAGCUAGUGAGUGCACACGAGUCCAGCACUGAGCAUAUGGCAGUCAGCCUCCCUCCUGAUGCUGCUCGGCUGUGGGAUCGCUGGUUCAAGCACGCCCUUCUGCUCAAGGAGAGCCGUGUCCUCAGCACUGAGCGCUUGGUCGAGCUGUUCGUGCCAUUGCUGAUAGAGCGUCAUGCAACAUACCACCACCAGGCCAAAGUGCUACUGAAGACACAGCUUUCCCGGUCCAGUGAGGAGUGGCCCUCAGCAGAUGAGAAGAGUGACUCUACUUGUUCUUCUGGCCCUCCUUCAUUCCUAGCUCAUGAUGGAGAUGUGAAGCGUGCCAGUGGGAUCCAAAAGCAACAGAUCCAAGAACUACAAAGUGCUGAGGAGGAGAGCCACGACGAAAGCCCUGUGGAAAGUGUUCCUAUUAGAGUGAAUAAUAGGCCCUUUUACGCAGUGGCGGUGGCAACAUGAUCAAGGCGAAACCAGGGUCAAAGUCGCACCUGAAGAGCGAUGCUAGUUCUCUCUAAUUAGCUCGUACAAAAUACUAGCCAUGUCUUCGUCCCAGGCUGAGACAUGCUGGAAAACUCAGAAUAAUGUACUCUGCUUUAAUUGUCCGGCUAACAGUGGUUAGUGCAAGAGAUCUGUCACAGGUACUCAUUAUCCAUCUAAAAAUGGUGUGGCAAGGCGGCUGCACUUGAAGAUUACCAGCUGUGGGGGCAUCCUGCAGCAGUUGGUUUGCCCAUCCCUUUGCUGCUCUGAAAUGUGAAGUGAGCUGAUACUUCCCUCGGUGACCAGAUUUCCCACUGAGUGUUUUCAUGUGUGAGAACCCCUAUGGUGCAUAGCCAUCAAAAUGAGUUCAUGUGAGAAUUUUACUCAUGCAAGAUUACUAAAUACUAUAUACUACAGGGAUGUGGAGAAUUUUAAUAUCCUCUGUAUUUUGUGCACCGAAAAUUUUAUCAUGAAUUUUACAAACUUGCAAGUUAGCCAUUACCUUCCUGGUAGAGGUUGCAGAAAAAAAACA